GAACAACGGGUAUCAUCAAAGAAAUUACUGAAAACUACUUCGUUGCCAACGAGACUGAUGUUGAUGUCGGGAUCGGGCAGCAGGGGGAUGACGGUUGUAUUCCCUUAUAUGUUAACAUCGUCGGUAUUAUUGGAAUAGCGGGAACGUUGUGCCCGAGUGACCAUAGUCUUAAUGCUUGCAUAACUGCUCUUGGUUAUAAUGCCGGAUGUUUAGAAGGAGAUAUCAACCAAGGAAUCGAGCUUGACAUAGACUUAUGUUUAGUCAAAGGAGUUCUAAAAUUCUAUUUAAAUUCAUCAUGCCUGUACGUGUCUUAUUCUCUCAAUCCUUUAUGGGGCUCUGGGUAUGAAGGAAACGCGAGCCCGGUGGCAAUAUUUGUGGUAGAGGUGGCUGUGAUAGUUGCAGAUGUUCGAGCUUGUGGCUGUGUACACACAAAAUAUCGUGAUUGUGGAUGUUUGAGCCCAUUGCUAGGCACUCCUUACAACAUGAUUGAAAUAGUUAUGAUCAAUUGCCUCCUUCCUAACAGCUUCGAUGCUCUCAUUACUAGCAAAUAUGCCGCCCUAAAGUUUAUUGCUACUAGCGACUUUAGCCGAAAAAGUAUUAAAACGGUCGGAGAAUUAAACAACAUUCUAAGGAGCGCUAAACCGGGACAGGUCUUUUAUCAACUGGAAAUUGAAAUGCCAGAAAGUUUUCUUCUUGACAAAGAAGAUGUUGUAGUAAUUCGAUUUUUUAGACCAGACUUUAUUUUAGUGAUAGAGGAAAAUAAUCAAAAAUACCUUAUGAUAGGGGACGCUAAGUGGUCAAAAUAUCCGCCUUUGGAAUUUGUCUUAUAUAUUGAUGUCGAG